GGAAUCUAAAAAAACUGGACCGCAAUGGCGUGAUCUUGGCUCACUGCAACCUCCACCUCGUGGGCUCAAGUGAUUCUCCCGCCUCAGCCUCUCGAGUAGCUGGGAUUACAGGCUCCCAUCACCACGCCCAGCUAAUUUUUUUGUAUUUUAGUAGAGACAGGGUUUCACCAUAUUGCCCAGGGUGGUUUCGAACUCCUGAGCUCAGGCAAUCUGCCCACCUUGGCCUCCCAAAGUGCCGGGAUUACAGGCGUGAGCCACUGCACCUGGCCCUGUGCUUUUUUGAUGUUGUUUUUGUUGUUUAUUAUUGUUUGGACGACACAUUGCUGAGCUUUCUGUCCAUAAGCUCCUGUUCUCAGGGGCUUGCUACUCACAUCAUGAUCCACAGGAGACUCUCAGGGUCAGGUCUUUCUCUGCCCAGCCCUGGCUUCCUGGUGCUGUGUUCAAGUCUGAUUUUGGAUCCCUGAGACCUUUUUCUCCUACCUUUCUUCUGAAAGGAUAACAGUCAUUUUGUGACCUUGAUCAGGAAAUUUUCAGCUGGGUUUUCCCUUUGUAUUUUAUUUGAUGUUUUUAACCAGGGAGGGAAACUCCUGCUACCAUGUGAGUUGUGCUGGGGAGACUUGCCAGAGAAGAGCUGCCUGCAGGGGGAUUUCUCGCUACCACAUUCAGGGUUUCCCUACUUUGGAAGCCUCGUGGCUGGAGUCUUAAAGGCCAAAGUUCCCCCAAAUUUUCUGAACGCUGAAUGAUUGAAAACACCUAUUUUUUUUUUUUCCCAUUUUACCCAAGCGCCCAUUUCCCAAUAAAGGGCUUGGGUAAUGACAAGAAACUAAAACUGAAACCACAACUCUGCUCUAAAAUAAGAGACUCAGAGACACCCAGGAAGGGCCUGGCUUUGAGACUUGUCACUCCCUGAGAUCCACUGUGGCACCAAAUGUUUGCCGAGCUCCGCCCUGGGAGGGAGGCCUGAAGCCUGGGAACUGGGAGGCCUGGGUCCCAGCGGAGAGACCUCACCAUGAGUGAGUCUCUCUCGAUUCAGUUCUCACAGUGAGUUGAGAGCCAAGCCAGCCAUUCUUCAGCCUCACCGGGACUGCAAUGUGCCGGUCUUAGCUGCUGUCUGAGAGGAUGUCUGGGGUGUCCGAGCCCCUGAGCCGAGUAAAGUUGGGCACGUUACGCCGGCCUGAAGGCCCUGCAGAGCCCAUGGUGGUGGUACCAGUAGAUGUGGAAAAGGAAGACGUGCGUAUCCUCAAGGUCUGCUUCUAUAGCAACAGCUUCAAUCCUGGGAAGAACUUCAAACUGGUCAAAUGCACUGUCCAGACGGAGAUCCGGGAGAUCAUCACCUCCAUCCUGCUGAGCGGGCGGAUUGGGCCCAACAUCCAGCUGGCUGAGUGCUAUGGGCUGAGGCUGAAGCACAUGAAGUCCGAUGAGAUCCACUGGCUGCACCCACAGAUGACGGUGGGUGAGGUGCAGGACAAGUAUGAGUGUCUGCACGUGGAAGCCGAGUGGAGGUAUGACCUUCAAAUCCGCUACUUGCCAGAAGACUUCAUGGAGAGCCUGAAGGAGGACAGGACCACGCUGCUCUAUUUUUACCAACAGCUCCGGAACGACUACAUGCAGCGCUAUGCCAGCAAGGUCAGCGAGGGCAUGGCCCUGCAGCUGGGCUGCCUGGAGCUCAGGCGGUUCUUCAAGGAUAUGCCCCACAAUGCACUUGACAAGAAGUCCAACUUCGAGCUCCUAGAAAAGGAAGUGGGGCUGGACUUGUUUUUCCCAAAGCAGAUGCAGGAGAACUUAAAGCCCAAACAGUUCCGGAAAAUGAUCCAGCAGACCUUCCAGCAGUACGCCUCGCUCAGGGAGGAGGAGUGCGUCAUGAAGUUCUUCAACACUCUCGCGGGCUUCGCCAACAUUGACCAGGAGACCUACCGCUGUGAACUCAUUCAAGGAUGGAACAUUACUGUGGACCUGGUCAUUGGCCCUAAAGGGAUCCGCCAGCUGACCAGUCAGGACGCAAAGCCCACCUGCCUGGCCGAGUUCAAGCAGAUCAGGUCCAUCAGGUGCCUCCUGCUGGAGGAGGGCCAGGCAGUACUUCAGCUGGGCAUUGAAGGUGCCCCCCAGGCCUUGUCCAUCAAAACCUCGUCCCUAGCAGAGGCUGAGAACAUGGCUGACCUCAUAGACGGCUACUGCCGGCUGCAGGGGGAGCACCAAGGCUCUCUCAUCAUCCAUCCUAGGACAGAUGGUGAGAAGCGGAACAGCCUGCCCCAGAUCCCCAUGCUAAACCUGGAGGCCCGGCGGUCCCACCUCUCAGAGAGCUGCAGCAUAGAGUCAGACAUCUACGCAGAGAUUCCCGACGAAACCCUGCGAAGGCCUGGAGGUCCACAGUAUGGCAUUGCCCGUGAAGAUGUGGUCCUGAAUCGUAUUCUUGGGGAAGGCUUUUUUGGGGAGGUCUAUGAAGGUGUCUACACAAAUCACAAAGGGGAGCAAAUCAACGUAGCUGUCAAGACCUGCAAGAAAGACUGCACUCUGGACAACAAGGAGAAGUUCAUGAGCGAGGCAGUGAUCAUGAAGAACCUUGACCACCCGCACAUCGUGAAGCUGAUCGGCAUCAUUGAAGAGGAGCCCACCUGGAUCAUCAUGGAAUUGUAUCCCUACGGGGAGCUGGGCCACUACCUGGAGCGGAACAAGAACUCCCUGAAGGUGCUCACCCUCGUGCUGUACUCGCUGCAGAUAUGCAAAGCCAUGGCCUACCUGGAGAGCAUCAACUGCGUGCACAGGGACAUUGCUGUCCGGAAUAUCCUGGUGGCCUCCCCUGAGUGUGUGAAGCUGGGGGACUUUGGUCUUUCCCGGUACAUUGAGGAUGAGGACUAUUACAAAGCCUCUGUGACUCGUCUCCCCAUCAAAUGGAUGUCCCCAGAAUCCAUUAACUUCCGACGCUUCACGACAGCCAGUGAUGUCUGGAUGUUCGCCGUGUGCAUGUGGGAGAUCCUGAGCUUUGGGAAGCAGCCCUUCUUCUGGCUGGAGAACAAGGAUGUCAUCGGGGUCCUGGAGAAAGGGGACCGGCUGCCCAAGCCUGACCUCUGUCCACCGGUCCUUUAUACCCUCAUGACCCGCUGCUGGGACUACGACCCCAGUGACCGGCCCCGCUUCACCGAGCUGGCGUGCAGCCUCAGUGACAUUUAUCAGAUGGAGAAGGACAUUGCCAUGGAGCAAGAGAGGAAUGCUCGCUACCGAACCCCCAAAAUCUUGGAGCCCACAACCUUCCAGGAACCCCCACCCAAGCCCAGCCGACCUAAGUACAGACCCCCUCCGCAAACCAACCUCCUAGCUCCGAAGCUGCAGUUCCAGGUUCCCGAGGGUCUGUGUGCCAGCUCUCCUACGCUCACCAGCCCUAUGGAGUAUCCAUCUCCCGUUAACUCACUGCACACCCCACCUCUCCACCGGCACAAUGUCUUCAAACGCCACAGCAUGCGGGAGGAGGACUUCAUCCGACCCAGCAGCCGAGAAGAGGCCCAGCAGCUGUGGGAGGCUGAAAAGGUCAAAAUGCGGCAAAUCCUGGACAAACAGCAGAAGCAGAUGGUGGAGGACUACCAGUGGCUCAGGCAGGAGGAGAAGUCCCUGGACCCCAUGGUUUAUAUGAAUGAUAAGUCCCCAUUGACGCCAGAGAAGGAGGUCGGCUACAGCAGGGAGGGAAGAGCCAGCAGUAAGCCCCGGGCCCGGAGGGGUGGCACCGAGGAGGAUGAUGAUGACAGCAGCCACAGAGAACUGGACACAAUGGAGUUCACGGGGCCCCCGCAGAAGCCCCCGAGGCUGGGAGCACAGUCCAUCCAGCCCACAGCUAACCUGGACCGGACCGAUGACCUGGUGUACCUCAAUGUCAUGGAGCUGGUGCGGGCCGUGCUGGAGCUUAAGAAUGAGCUCUGUCAGCUGCCCCCCGAGGGCUACGUGGUGGUGGUGAAGAAUGUGGGGCUGACCCUGCGGAAGCUCAUCGGAAGCGUGGACGAUCUCCUGCCUUCCUUGCCGUCAUCUUCACGGACAGAGAUCGAGGGCACCCAGAAACUGCUCAACAAAGACCUGGCAGAGCUCAUCAACAAGAUGCGGCUGGCGCAGCAGAACGCCGUGACCUCCCUGAGUGAGGAGUGCAAGAGGCAGAUGCUGACGGCUUCACACACCCUGGCCGUGGACGCCAAGAACCUGCUCGAUGCUGUGGACCAGGCCAAGGUUCUGGCCAAUCUGGCCCACCCACCUGCAGAGUGAUGGAGGGUGGGGGCCACCUGCCUGUGUCUUCCGCCCCUGCCUGCCAUGUACCUCCCCUGCCUUGCUGUUGGUCAUGUGAGUCUUCCAGGGGGAAGGCCAAGGGGAGUCACCUUCCCUUGCCACUUUGCACGACCCCCUCUCCCCACCCCUACCCCAGGCUGUACUGCUCAGGCUGCAGCUGGACAGAGGGGACUCUGGGCUAUUGACACAGGGUGAGGGUGACAAAGAUGGCUCAGAGGGGGCGCUGCUCCUGCCUGGCCACUCCUCCCUAAGGCAGCCUGGUCCAUGCAGGGGGCUCCUGGGGCUGGGGUGUGUCACGUGGUACCCCUAGCUUUAUAUAUGGACAUGGCAGGCCAAUUUGGGAACCAAGCUAUUCCUUUCCCUUCCUCUUCGGCCCUCAGAUGUCCCUUGAUGCACAGAGAAGCUGGGGAGGAGCUUUGUUUUGGGGGUCAGGCAGCCAGUGAGAUGAGGGAUGGGCCUGGCGUUCUUGUACAGUGUAUAUUGAAAUUUAUUUAAUGUGAGUUUGGUCUGGACUGACAGCAUGUGCCCUCCUGAGGGAGGACCUGGGGCACAGUCCAGGAACAAGCUAAUUGGGAGUCCAGGCACAGGAUGCUGUGUUGUCAACAAACCAAGCAUCAGAGGGAAGAAGCAGAGAGAUGUGGCCAAGAUAGGACCUUGGGCCAAAUCCGCUCUCUUCCUGCCCCUCUUUCUCUUUCUUCCUUUACUUUCCUUUUCUUUUUUCUUUUCCCUCUUUUCUUACUCCUCCUCUUUCUCUCGCUGACCCCCAUUCUCAUCGGCACCCUUCUUUUCUUGCGUGUUUGCAUAAACAUUCUUUUAACUUCUUUCUAUUUGACUUGUGGUUGAAUUAAAAUUGUCCCAUUUGC